AUGGAUGGUUGGUUGGAUGUUGGUUGGUUGGUGGUUGGUUGGUGGUUGGUUGGUUGGUUGGUUGGAUGGUUGGUUGGUUGGUUGAUUGGUUGGUUGGCUGUUGGGUGGUUGGUUGAUUGGUUGGAUGGAUGGUUGGUUGGUUGGUUGGUUGGUUGGAUGGUUGGUUGGUUGGUUGGUUGGUUGGUUGGUUGGGGGUUGGUUGGUGGUUGGUUGGUUGGUGGUUGGUUGCAGGAGCUGCUGCAGAGCUGUGGGAACCGUGUGCACGUGGUCGACAACAAGCGCUGGGGCGGCGAGCUCGACGGUUACCGAAGCAACCGCCACCAAGUGCGAGCGCUGUUCCAGACCGUGGAGCAGAUGAUGAGCGCUAACACGGGACACUACACCAACAGCCUGUUCCAGCAGCCCCUGGAGGAUCUCCUGUUGAAGGCCUACUGCUACACGGCCGGCGCUCUGCUCAUGGCCUUCUUCGGACGCACCCUCCUGAGCUAA